UCUAGCAGUCUAGCUAGGUAGCCAUUGUUGUGCAACCUAGCUAGCAAUUACAAGUUUAAACUAGCUAAGGUUAGCUGACUGUGUAUUUUUAAAACAACGCACCAAAUUGGGUUGUAAUCACGACUUCGCACCGCUUUUUUGAUUAAUCGGUUUGGUACUUACAGUUAGCUAACUAGGUAGAAUUUCGAACCCGAACACCCCGUGUGGAUUUGACGUCGGCAGUGCUUCAUGUUUUUCAGCCAAGAGACUCGGAGCUGUUUGUUAUCAGCGUAAGGUUAACGUUAGAAGAUGGGGGACGUUUAUGACCCAGAACACCCGAAAGAGUGUGACAUCACGUUGGAGAGCUCACCGCUCUGAACUGGUUUAUUCUUGGCCAGCAGCUUCUACUGGGCUACAAACGCCAGAACCGCAGUGCAAUGGAUGCUCUGGUGAACUCAGAGAUCAGGGAAGAGGGAGGAGAUACCUCAGUCAAGGUUGAGGGCCUCACCAAGGCAGCUAUACUCAAAGGCCUCUCUCCUCGAGUGAUGUUGUCCAGCCAUCUCCUGCCUAAAGGAACCAAGAGGAAGGUGAACCUGGAUGACCAGGGUCGCCAGAAAGUGUCCUUCAGCUUCUCUCUCACAAAGAAACCUCUGCAGAACUUAUUCCUGGCCCCUCCCAGUCAGGAAAAAUCUCUUGCUGAACUUCCCUCUGUCCUGUCACCUACAACCUCACUCUCUCAGGACAGAGCAGGGCAGCAUACGGAAAGUAAAAAUGAGCAAAUGCAGCCACCCUUGUCGGUGCCCACACCAGUAGCAGAGACCCUUGCGCCUCAGACGGCGGUCUCCUCAGUCCCCAAACCUAAAGUGGACUUGGGAAAGAUGCACUUCAAGAAACAGAUUCUCAGUGCAUCUGUUAUUGAAGAGAGUCCCAUAACCAGCGUUGUCUUACAGGAUCCACCCCCUUCCGAGCAACAGGUUUUAAUGAAAUCUUCAGGUGAAAUUGAAACUGUCACCUCAACACGACCAUCCCAGUCUCAGAACAGUCUUCAGAACAUGGACAAUGAGUGCCCCUCUGAGAAUGCUCUCACUCAUGUAUCUGAUGUGAAGCCGGACCUCAGUCUCAAGGAGCUGACUGAUUCCUCCCACGUAGGGAAAGUGGAUGUAAACGGUUCCAGUGUAACGGAGCAGCAAGACGCCUCAGAAAACAUACCAAUCCGGUCCCGGUCAGACAGCACACUCCCUGGCUCAGAAUCUGAUGCUGAUUCAGUGCAGACAUCUUCCAGCCACAAGUCGGGUGAACGCAAGGCCACAGCAAAGUCGGAGAGUAGAAGUAAGGAUGCAAAAAGGAUAUCCUCUUCUCGCUCCAAAUUAGAGGAAACAGAAAAAAGUUCUCACCAUACACGUUCUGAGAAGGACGAAAGGACCUGUAGUUACUCAAAGUUUAACCGAGAAUCCAAAUCUGACAGAGAAUCCAAGUCUGACCGAGAAUUAAGGUCAACCGCUGACCGAGAAUCCAAGUCUGACCGAGAAUCAAAGCACACACCCUCGCGGUCCUCCCGCUCUGACAAAGACCGCAAAAGGACUACGAGUCGGUCAAGGUCCAGAUCAAGAGGCCCCCGGACGAGUUCUAGACCUGAGACACGUUCCAGAUCUGAGAGAUCUAGAAGCGAGAGAGGGUCAGGAUCACGGUCUGAUCGGUCAUAUCAUGACUCUGAGCGGAGGUCAGGAGGUCACAGAAAUUCUCCAUACAGAGAGAGGAGAGGCAGCUCUCGCUCUCAGACUGAUAGCAGCAGAGUCCGCGGCGACAGUUCUGACUCUGAAGAUGACCACAGAAGAACUCGGACUAGAACAAGUGAUUCCAGCAGGUCGUCCACCCAUUCUAGCUUGCAGAGAGAUUCAAAGUCAUCCUCAUCUCGCUCAAAAUCUGAACGAGACUCGAAAUCUGAACGAGACUCGAAAUAUAUAGAUUCCCCUCACUCUUCAGAGAUAGAUAAAAGAACACAAUCUUCUAAGUCUGAGAGGGCCUCAAAGAGAACUGUUGACUCCGAUUCUCUCCAAAAGUGCUCUCCUGAAGGAGAACCUAAUCACAGGAAAUCCAACACCCACUACAAGCCGGACAUCAGUGUUCGAUCCACUCAUUCCAGUCCACAUGCCCUCUCUCAAACAUCGGACAAAGGUCUCCAGAAAAGCAGCUCUAGUGAAUUUGAGGUAGCUCACAAAGGGAAGUGUCAGUCACAGGGCUCUGAUCGCUCUUCUGGCUCUGAAGGGGCAUGGACAUCUUCCAACAGUAAAUCAGACUCUAAGCAAAUGUCCGCCUCCAAGUCAUCAUUGAAAUCUAAUAGACAAUCAAACGACACAUUUCACAGUCCAAAUAAUAUACAAACCCAUGAAACCCCUUCUGGUGCUCACUCUCAGAGCAAAAAUGACAAAGGUGGAGCAGAUUCCCAGCUAGCAGAUACUUGCCAAAGGGAGGACGUUGGCAACAUGGAUGACAUCACAUCCCAAGAUAAAGACUUACAAAAACCAACUCUGUCGUUACCUUCAAAUUGUGAUCCAACUCACAGAUUGCGAGAACCAGCGUUGGAUCUAGUUAAUGAGAAUAUUAAUCAUUGCAUUGAGGUUCAGAAUGUCUCGGCAGCAACUUUACCGAACACCGCUAGUGGAGACCAAUUAUGUGAAACAUUUGCCGUAGGGGACAUUGACAAUGUUAAUAAAAGCAUUUGCUCUGAACAAAAAGAAGAUGCACAGCGUGUAGACCCCCAAAUGGGAUCCACCGAGAAGCCGGAUGAUGUAGCCAACUCUAGCUUUUCCUGCAGUAAUGACCGAGUAAUACCCAGCCUGGAUAAGACUGUUUUUCAAGGUUCAGUUGGGUCAAAGUCAUCACCAUCUACAGUAGACGUAUCUGUCAGAGACCACCCUAAGGAGAACACUAAACCAGAAAAUACUGUCUAUUCUAGUAGAAAUGUGAAUAUCAAGAUGCAGUCUUGCACAAGCGUCCCUCUCAAAUCUGAACCCUCUAGUCCUGAACCUCAACAAUUUCCCAACAAGACUGAACAACAGAACUCUAGUUUGAGGAAAAACAGAGGUAAAACAAAAAGAUCGCGUUGGGAUAUUGUUGGACAAGACACCUCAGACAGUGAUAAUCCUCAGAAAUGGCCUUCCCAAGAAAGUAAACCUGCUGUGAAAAAGGUAAUCUCCGUCAAGAGAAUUGAGUUUUCUAAAGACGUCAGCCAGGAAGAGCCAUCUCUGAUAAAGGGUCAACUGAAAUGGGAAGCUGAGUUGCAUUCCAAAACGAUUAAGCAAGAAAUUGUCAUCGCACAAGAACACAGCUCAGUACCAAUAUCUCUUAGGAAAGACCAGUCGGAGUCCGCAAACCCAACUGCACAACCAGGCACCUGUGAAACCAGCAAUGACCAUUCAGACAUCAAACCCCACAUCAGCCAAAUGGAUGGAGAUCCCUCACUUUUAAAUAAUACCUCACAUGUAGACAACGCUAGAAGGGAGCAGGGUAGGAAUGGCGACGGCAAUGAAGGGAAAUCUAAAGAUGGUGCUCACAAGAGCAAACUGGUGAAGAGACCAGUGUCGAGCCAGGACGGUGUAGGCCAAAGCGAGGACAGUGACUCUGACGAUUCAGAGUCGGACUCUGACUGCGGUGCUGCUGUGAAACGGAUGCAGUCUGUGGUGGUUGUGCCAAAGAAUUCCACCCUAACUCACUCGGACACAACAGACAAGCCUGUGUCUCCCUGCACUCCAAGCACUAGCCCAGGACGUCAACAACACGCUAACGGGGCUAGUGGCCAAGAGGGUGACCUGGACAGGAAGGAGAUCACAAGCAGAGUCAGCCCACAGCAGAGACAUCGAGGCUUUCCCACCAUGUGUGAGAGCACUAGGCAGGCCAGUAAUGCUUGUGUUGAUGGAAGUCUCUCUUUACAUGACAGCAUGGUGUAUCAAUCACAGAGCAAUAUGGUAGAUAGCACCAGCCAGCUCGAGGGCUCCAAUGCCACCGAUGCCCAGCCUUAUAAGGAUCCUUAUAGCAGUGCCCAUGAGAGACCAAAGAUUGGUGCAGCAACGGUGAGCCAGGUUGCUGCCCACAGCCUUGAGACCUCCUUCAGGCAGUCUGAGACAGGGCAUCCACAGCAUUAUGAGAGUGGCAGGGGUGGUGGGAUGCUGUCCCGUUACCAACAUGGAGACUUUGCUAGCUCUGAUGACUUCAACAGCAGUCUGGGCAGUCUGGGCUGGGACUUCACACAGCCGGAGCAGCCCAGCAGUACGUACCAGCAGCCUGACAGCAGCCACGGGGCAUCACAACAGCAUCCCAACACUCAACAGCCAGGGAACUCUUCUUUAGGGCAGGUGUACAGGGCAGACAACGGGGCCUGCUGGACCCAACUACCAACUACUACUCAACCCACCUGCAGACCGGUCUACCUCCAUGUGCCUGCAACACAUUACCAGGAGCCUGUUGGUCAAGUCCAUCCUGACUCCCUGACUAAUGACUGUGAUGAGGACAGUGAGGGGAAACCAGCAGGCCUUAGUAGACUAGCUGUGGAAUGCAAUGGUCCCAACCUUCCAGGCUCGCUAGCCUUCGUCCAAGCCCAUGAAAUAAGCAGCAACUGCAGAGGCUCUGUCAACGCCACUCCAGAGAGCAUUGCCAUAGUUGAACCUCCCAGAGACAAGGACAACUCGAGGCCCCACAGAGGCAGGGGUCCUCCCAAGAAGAGGCGUCCAGAAAUGGAGUCAGAUUCGGACAGUGAGGCAGAACCUGGGCUCGCUAGCAAAAGGGAGCGACUGGCAGAAAGGGAUCUCCCCAAGGUCUCCAAAGACUCCAGGGAGACUCCAGGUCAGGCCGAGGUGCAACGUCCUUUGCUCAGUCUGAGGGACUUCCGGGACGCCAGCAACUGGAGGGAGAUGGCAAGGUCUAAGAAGAUGCCACCAUACUUUGACCUGAUUGAGGAAAACCUGUAUCUGACUGAACGGAAGAAGAACAAGUCUCAUCGAGACAUCAAGAGAAUGCAGUGUGAGUGCUCUAUGCUCUCGAGGGAGGAGCGGUCUCGUGGAAUGAUGGCUUGUGGGGAGGACUGCCUUAACCGUCUGCUGAUGAUCGAGUGCUCAUCGCGGUGCCUGAAUACAGGAUACUGCUCCAACCGACGCUUCCAGAUGAAACAGCAUGCAGACUUUGAGGUCAUCCUGACUGAAGAAAAGGGCUGGGGACUGAGGGCGGCCAGGGACCUGAUGCCAAACACGUUUGUGCUGGAGUACUGCGGAGAGGUGUUGGACCACAAGGAGUUCAAGACGCGGGUGAAAAAGUACGCUAGCAUGAAGAACAUCCACUACUAUUUCAUGGCCUUGAAGAAUAAUGAGAUCAUAGACGCCACACUGAAGGGGAACUGCUCUCGCUUCAUGAACCACAGCUGUGAGCCCAACUGUGAGACGCAGAAGUGGACUGUGAACGGCCAGCUGAGAGUUGGGUUCUUCACCUCCAGGACCGUCACAGCUGGUACAGAGCUUACCUUCGACUACCAGUUCCAGAGAUAUGGGAAAGAGGCCCAGAAGUGCUUCUGUGGGGCUCCCAGCUGCCGAGGCUUCCUGGGCGGGGAGAACCGGGUCAGCGUAAGAGCAGCAGCGGGGAAGAUGAAGAAAGAGCGCCCUCGCAAGAAGGACACCUCCGUGAGCAAUGCACUUACUACGGUGGAUGAGGAGCUAGAGGCUCUGCUGGAGAACGGGGAGGGUCUGUACGAUGAGAAGGAGGUGGUAUCUCUCUGCAGGCUGAUGGUCAGAGUGGAGACCAUGGAGCAGAAACUCAUCUGCCUCAAACUUAUCCAAGAUACCCAGAGCCCGUCCUGCCUGAAGCACUUCCUGGACCAUCACGGUCUGUCUCUACUCUGGAUCUUCAUGGUGGAGCUCUCUGAAGCUAAGGGCAACAGUGUCAACAACAUCAAACUGCAGUUUCAGAUCAUGAAGACCCUGUCAGUACUGCCUAUCUCCACUAAGAACAUGUUGGAGGAGAGUCAUGUCCUGAGCCUCAUCCAGCGCUGGGCCCAGACACACACACACUCCCUCCCCCAGCCCCCCGGGGCUGACCAGGACGGCUACUCCAGUGAGAACACGUCCCGCGCCCAGACCCCUCUCAACACUCCCGACGGCUCCUCUGCCUCAGUCGCCAAACUGGGCCCUGAGCUGGACAGUGACACCCCCAAACUGGGCCCUGAGCUGGACCGUGACACCCCCAAACUGGGCCCUGAGCUGGACAGUGACACCCCCAAACUGGGCCCUGAGCUGGACAGUGACACCCCCAAACUGGGCCCUGAGCUGGACAGUGACACCCCCAAACUGGGACCUGAGCUGGACAGUGACACCCCCAAACUGGGACCUGAGCUGGACAGUGACACCCCCAAACUGGGCCCUGAGCUGGACAGUGACACCCCCAAACUGGGCCCUGAGCUGGACAGUGACACCCCCAAACUGGGCCCUGAGCUGGACAGUGACACCCCCAAACUGGGCCCUGAGCUGGACAGUGACACCCCCAAACUGGGCCCUGAGCUGGACAGUGACACCCCCAAACUGGGCCCUGAGCUGGACAGUGACACCCCCCAAACUGGUGACACCCCCAAACUGGGCCCUGAGCUGGACAGUGACACCCCCAAACUGGGCCCUGAGCUGGACAGUGACACCCCCAAACUGGGCCCUGAGCUGGACAGUGACACCCCCAAACUGGGCCCUGAGCUGGACAGUGACACCCCCAAACGGGCCGUGUACCGUCGCCUUAAGAUCAGCGAGAACAGCCUGGACAGCGCCAUGUCGGACGCCAGCAAGGCCUCGGACGGUAAGGAGGAGGAAGAGGAGAUGGAGGAUGAGGAGGCCUCACGAUCUGAGCCUCCAGUGGAGAGCAGCAAACAGGCACAGACCGAGCCGGUGGUUGAGGCCCAGGCCCAGACCGAGCCGGUGGUUGAGGCCCAGGCCCAGGCCGAGCCGGUGGUUGAGGCCCAGGCCCAGGCCGAGCCGGUGGUUGAGGCCCAGGCCCAGGCCGAGCCGGUGGUUGAGGCCCAGGCCCAGGCCGAGCCGGUGGUUGAGGCCCAGGCCCAGGCCGAGCCGAGCCGGGUGGUUGAGGCCCAGGCCCAGGCCGAGCCGGUGGUUGAGGCCCAGGCCCAGGCCGAGCCGGUGGUUGAGGCCCAGGCCCAGGCCGAGCCGGUGGUUGAGGCCCAGGCCCAGGCCGAGCCGGUGGUUGAGGCCCAGGCCCAGGCCGAGCCGGUGGUUGAGGCCCAGGCCCAGGCCGAGCCGGUGGUUGAGGCCCAGGCCCAGACACCCACAACGGAGGAGCCAACAGAAGAGCCAGUCACAGAGCUGAAGGAGACACCAGAGGAGGUAAUGGAGGUCACAGAACCCAAAGCUGAGAGCCAAGACGCUGAAGAUCAGGAGGAGGAGGUGAAUGAGAAGGGUGGUGAGGAGGAGGUGAAAGAUGAGUGGAGUGAGGGACAGAAGGAGAGCGGAGAGGAGGAGCAGGAAAGUCAGUCAGUGGAGGAGAGUGAGGUUGUGGCGGGAGAGCAGGCCAACAUGGAGGUCCAGGAAUCAUCACAAAUUGAGCCAGUUCAGACGGAAGUUACUGAGACCCCUUCAGAGGAGCAUCCUGCUGUGGAGAAGGAGGAGACCACCACAGCAGAGACCGGGACUGAAGAUGCUGAGAAGGCUCCAGGCAGCCAGGAACAGCCAGGCCAGGUGGCCCCCGAGGUUCCCCCGGAGGUGGCCCCUGGCACUGAGGACACUGCCCAGGUAGUGACCCCAGCCUCGGAGGCCCCUCCACCUCCCUUUCCGGUGGUCCCCGUGGAGCCUACGGCGGUGGGGACGCCCUCGCAGGAUGAGGAGGAGGGUGUGUCUGAUGUGGAGAGUGAGAGGAGCCAGGAGCCCCAGCUCAGAGCUGUGGAUAUAGGAGACAUGGCUGCUAGGUUACUGGACAGCUGGAGGGACCUGAAGGAGGUGUACAGGAUCCCCAAGAAGAGCCAGGUGGAGAAGGAGACACACGAUCGUAGUCGAGACCGAGACGCUGCCCUGGCCCCGGCUCGCACCCCCUCCGGUAGCCGAGAACGGGAACGGGAACGGGAACGGGAGAGGGAGCGGGACAAGGAGAGGGACAGGGAACGAGAUCGAGACAGGGAGCGUGACAGGGAGCGUGACAGGGAGCGUGACAGAGAGAGGGACAGAGAUUGGGAGCGAGACAGGGAGCGAGACAGGGAGAGGGACAGGGAGAGGGACAGAGAGAGAGACUGGGACAGAGACUCUGAGAAGACACCCCGCAGCACAGAGAGACGGAGGAGACGUGCCUCCACCUCCCCCCCGCCCUCAGCCUACGAGCGGAGCAGCAGGCGUAACGAGGACCGGUUUGACCUGGCUAACAGCAGUAAGAAGAGCCGUAGCAUCACCAAGGAGCGCACCAAGCUGUCUACAGAGGAGCGCAGGAAGCUGUUUGAACAGGAGGUGGCCCAGCGUGAGGCCCAGAAACAACAACAACAGUUACAGCAGCAACAACAACAACAACAGCAGCAGCUCCAGACUCUAGCCUACGAUGCAGCCCUGACCUACACUACCAGCCCAGCUGGCUUCCUUCACUACCCCCCCGGCUACCCCCUCCAGACCUACGUGGACCCCAUCAACCCCAACGCAGGCAAGGUGUUGCUGCCUACCCCUCCUGUGGAGCCCCUGGUCCCAGCCACCCUGGCCUUCGAGCAGACCCCUCCCCAGGCUCUGAUCACCGAGCUGGGCAUGACCUCUCCCUCCUCCACCUCCCAGGCCCCUCCAGUCCCCCAACACAUCCAGCAACCCACCGCCCCUCUGGAUCUCCACCGUGGCACGCCCCAGCAGUACACCCUGCAGCCCAGCGUGGCAGGCCAGGACCCUGGUGUAGCCGUCCUGUCAGUGCCUGCCGUGUCGGCGCCCCCUCAGGCUUCGGCGGGCCAGGGGAGUUACACCACGCUGUGGGACCCUACCACCCAGCAGGCUGUGACAGUACAGACCCAGAUAGCACCACAGUACCAGGUUGUCCCAGCACCUCCUCCCACCCAGACAGCCAUCUACUAUCAGGGCCAGCCCUGUCAGACCAUCUACAGUAUCCCCACUGCCUACCCACAGGCCAACACGCCUGUCCUGCAGGCGUACUCUGAUCCGGCUGCCAGCUACCUCCAUGGUCAGCCGGUGUACACAGGUCACCAGCAGGGAGUGGUGGUUCAGCAGGGGGGCACGGUCACUACCAUAGUCACCUCACAGACUGUCCAGCAGGAGAUGCCCAACACUGUGUUAGUCCCCAACAGUAUGAUAGACCUGCCGCCUCCCUCUCCUCCCAAACCCAAAACCAUCGUCCUGCCCCCCAGCUGGAAGGUAGCACGGGACGGAGAGGGAAAGAUCUACUAUUACCACGUCAUCACCAGGCAGACUCAGUGGGAUCCUCCCAGCAGCUGGGACGGGGCCAGUGAAGACGCCCACAGCUUAGACCACGAGGCUGAGAUGGACCUGGGGACGCCCACCUACGACGAGAACCCCUCCAAGUUCUCUACUAAGACGGCAGAGGCAGACACAUCCAGUGAGCUGGCCAAGAGGAGCAAGGAGACGUUCCGGAAAGAGAUGUCCCAGUUCAUUGUGACCUGCUUGAACCCGUUCCGGAAACCAGACUGCAAACUGGGACGCAUCAUCAACACUGAGGAUUUCAAACACCUAGCCAGAAAGCUAACUCACGGUGUGAUGAACAAGGAGCUGAAAUCCUGCAAGAACCCAGAGGACCUGGAGUGCAACGAGAACGUCAAGCACAAGACCAAGGAGUACAUCAAGAAAUACAUGCAGAAGUUUGGCAGCAUCUACCGGCCCAAAGAGGACACUGAGCUGGACUAAGUGUCUGACUGGAGGAACAGAACCAGGAUCAAGACUUGAAACUAUGAUUAGUCUACACUCAUUUGGGGCCCACGAACGGUGAAAGGAGACACACUCAAACCCGAACACAGAUUCGCUUUUUACUCUUCUCACGCCAAGUAGGAGUCAAGUCAAGCAGUGAAACUGAACUGUGUUUGAUUAUGGAGGUGGGAUCGUUCCACACACACAUUUAUGUGGAGGACAUAUUUAUGUUGACAAAGACGGUCUUAAACUGAUGCCUUGAAGGCUUGACCCGGGAACUAGGGGCGGGGACUAGAAUCAUGAUGACGCAGAGGGAGGCGUCUCACAAGGGGCAGAGGCUCCAGGUGAAGUGUCCACAGAGAAGUGUGCGACACCUAGGCUGCAUCUCAACUGGCACCCUAUUCCCUAUAUAUGUACUUUAUAGGGAAUAGGGUGCCAUUUGGGAGUCAGACCCAGAGAGGGGUGCUACAUUGACUAUAUUCUCACUACCGUGUUUUGCUUUCUGCAUUUUUCCAGUUCAACUUUGUUACCGAACUAACAAUGUUCUCAACAUCUUUUCAGCUACAUAUUCUCUCUAGAACUCUUCCUCCCCUGGCUGAAAAACCAUGAUUUUUAAAUUGCUCUUCAAUGUUUUUUCAAUGUUGGGAUGUUGCUGUAAUGAAGUCCAGCAGUGGGAAUGAACUGGUCAAAAUGGAUCAAUGUAAAGAAAGACUAAAGAAUCUGUUUAUCCAUAUGACUGACUGGCUUUCCUCUGGUGCGCCCUGCCGCCCAUCUCCCCCCCCCAGCCAGCCAUUGACCUUGACUAGGGUAUCUGGUGCUGCCUUUAGCUGGGCUGUGAUAGUCCAAGCUUUCUACUCCCCAAGCCCUCCCUGCCUUCAGACCACAAGACUCCGGAGCCUCUGUUGUUAUAUGAACGCUUGAUGGAGGCUGGGUUCGGUUCUGAUGGAGGCUGGGUUCGGUUCUGAUGGAGGCUGGGUUCGGUUCUGAUGGAGGCUGGGUUCGGUUCUGUCAAGCUGACUGGUGUCCUUAUAAGAAUUCCUCCAUGGCUGCUUACCAAAUGGCACCAUAUUCCCUAUAUAGAGCACUACUUUUGACCAGGGCCAAUAGGGGAAUCCCAUAGCGCACUACUUUUGACGAGAGCUCUAUGUAGGGAAUAGUGUGCCAUUAAGGACGGAGUCCAUGUUCCAAUGCUCCCUCCCAGAGGAAAAAAAAAAGAAAAAAGAUUGAAGAAUGAACUUUUAUUAUGGAGCUUGUACUCGUCUGUCCACCUACUGGUCUGAUGGUAUCAAGUAGUGGGUUGGACGGACAGACGGGGCCUUCAAGAGGACUUAGUGGUGAAGAAGGAACAGCAGGGGACGGGGUUACUGAUCAAUGUUUUUAUGUAUUUUAUUAACUUGUACUAUGAAGUGGACAGGAUCUGGAUGCUGUCAUCAGACACACAUGAUGCUUAUGUGUCAGUCAGUGUCCCUCACUCUGUUCUAAAUACCCCCCUCCCCCCUCCCCCCUCCACAAAGGGUUGUAGCGUUGUGAUUUUAAGUCUAUUUCACCUUGUCUUUUUUUACUAUUAUAAUUCCUUUGGACAGGCAUCACAGAGGCGUCUGUGCUCUCAUCCUGUUGAUACACAAGCUGUUUUACUCGUUAGUCUCCGGGGUAACAAGGUUUGUGUCCUGUCGUCAGGGUUACAGGUUCAUAGGCUUGGGGUCGUUAAUCAUUUAGGUAACUCUCACACCACCAUUUUAAAUUGCAUUAAAACCAUGUUCAAACACACACGUAUUAUAUUGCUUUGUAUGUGAAUAUAUUGAGAAAUAGUUUGAGAAUGUUUAAGUAAGCAAAGUCUUUGUAAAACGACGGACUGUUGGUCCAUGAUAUAACCUGUAAAUAGCCAGGUGUAAUUAUACCAAACACAGGUGGACAAAAGAGGGGGGG